AUGGACAUAUUUAAUGGGGAAAUUAAUGAGGCUAUUCCCAAAUCCACUAAUAUGUAUAAAAUAAAAUUAUCAAAUCAGAAAUUAAAAGGUUGGAUAUCAAGCGGUCAGUGGUCAUACUAUGCAUACGUAUAUCACCUGUGCCUUAAUCAAAUCCAAGAUACAGAGACUAUAGUGCCGUUUCUUCUGAUUUACCAUAUUAUACUUUUAUUUUUUCUGUGGUCGUACUUCAAAACAAUAUACACGGAACCUGGUUGUGUACCACAAGAAUUUAAGCUCUCUGACGAAGCUCUCGAAGAGUUUGAUAAACUUCCAAUCGAUUUGGCAAGACAAAGCAUUGUCUUGCGUGAAGUUUCGAAAAAUCUACCGAUCAUGACAUUCUCAAAUUCUGAUAGAAACUACUUUUCAGAUAUUAGAUAUUGUAAUAAAUGUAGAAUAGUAAAGCCCGAUCGAGCCCACCAUUGUAGAGUGUGUGGAAAAUGUGUAUUAAAAAUGGAUCAUCACUGCCCGUGGAUUAACAAUUGUGUGUCGUAUUCAAACUAUAAAUUUUUUAUAUUAUUCUUAAUUUAUGGACUUCUUAUGUGUAUUUAUGUUGCAUCCACCACAGUACAAUUUGUAUUGAAAUUUUGGGACACCACAUCUGUUAUAAGAUUACAAGGACCUUGGUAUAAAAUACAUAUAAAUACUUUAUUUUAUAUCGCAUCAGUGGGUUCAAUUAUUCUGUUUUCAAUGCUUGCUAUCCAUAUUUACUUGAUUUCUAAAAAUCGCACUACUAUCGAAUACCGCCGUAUUCCAAAAUUUGUAGAGCGUUAUGAUAAAAACGGAUUUAAUUUAGGGUGUUUUAAAAAUAUACAAGAAGUUUUUGGCAGAGAAUUUUUAUUGUGGCCUUUUCCUAUAAAUACAAGCCUUGGUAAUGGUGUAUCAUUUCCAGUCAACAUAAAGAUACCAGAAGCUCAUAGUCUUUUGUAUUCGGAUAUAUACGACCAGGAAACUUCAAUUAGUAAUACAUUUUAG